AUGAAUAGAGAAGAAUUCACGCGACAAUGGCAAGAAGACCAUGGUCCAGGGCGCAUAGAUAAUCGUUCUCCAUAUCAAUAUGGUGGAAAUGAAAAUUCUUGGCGAGAUCAAUUGCCAGAUAGAACGGAACAAUAUAAUGGACGUCCCUUGGGAAAUAACUACCUUCCAAAUGGUAUCCCAUUGCCAGUUCAAAGUGAAAGUGGGCUACAUGGACCAGCAGUUCGACGAACAAACCCAAUAUUUAGCGACAACGAGGAAACACGAUUCAUGGGACCUGAUUAUGAUAGAAGAAGUAUCGCAGCAUCGGACAAUUUAGGAUUAGAUAAUCAUGGAUAUUCUGCUUACAAUGGUAGAAGAUAUGAGAGACGACCGUAUGACCAGAGAUCAGCAAUUGUAGAAUCAAGGAGUGGACCUGGUAUGCAUAUGUACAAAGGGAGAGGAGUUUUAUCUGAGCCAGGUACUCGACUGUCAAGAAAUUGGGAAAUUCCGAGAGCCGUUGAAAGUGGUAGUAUUGAAGAUAUUUACCGAAGUACAAGACAACCUAGAUCUGUUGCAAAUAGUGUUGUAGACUAUGGCAAUGUUCCGUCUUGGCACAGAUCCUUUGAACCAAUUUAUUCGGAACCGCAUAAAAGCAGGCGUGAUUCCGAUGCGAGCAUGGACAUCUCAAAGAAGAAAACAGAAAUGUCAACAGGCACAUUCGUUUCGAUUCGUAUUUUAGUGAUUUUUUUCGUUAUAUGGGAUCUAGUCAAUGAUUGGAUGCUUGCAAGUUCGGGGCCAAUUCAGUUCCUUGGCACAUCAGGUGAUACUGACCAACAAAAUUGUGAACCGAAUAUUAAAGUGAUUAACAAGACAUUUAAGAUUGAUCUAUAUGCAGUCGAUACAUCGAUGUGUUUCAACACGAAUGAUGUUUGGACACUGGCAGCUGUAUUUUCUCUCCUGGGAUCACUCCUGUCAAUUUUGCAAGUAAUAAAUAUUGUUAUGGAAAUGAUUAAAAAGAGAAAACCAAAUUUCUUCCAAAUUUUGCAAGGUCACAGUGAAAUAUGUUUUGUUAUGUUUUUCGAAGAACUUCCGCAAAACAUACUAUUUACUAUUUAUUUCUUCAUGUGUGAUUGUAAAAAGCUAAAGCCUCAUGUGCACCUCUAUGCAUUGUUGGCCUCUAUCAGCGCAUGCAUAGCGAUGACACUUCGGUUUGCGACGAGUUUUGACACAAUUGCAGGGGAGGACGGGUGUUGCAAUCUGUGUUGGCGCUGCUGUUGUUGCCGAAACAAGAACUAUAUUUGCAGGAUACAACCAAAAGAAUGCUGCUGUAUGUGCGAUAUGCCAUGUCCUCUCUGCUGUUGUACACUUGGGUGCAAAAUGUGUAGAUACACUCCAAAAUCUUGGUGCGCAUCGCUUCUUAAAGCAUUUUCUUGUGAUUGUAGAUGUUGCAAAGAAGAAGACGAUUCAUACGGCAUAAGACUAAUGAACAAUUUUUCAAUUCUUAUUUUAUGGCUAUGCAUGGCAUUUCAAAUUGUUAUUUUUUAUAGUAUGGAAAGUUUCUAAUCCAUACACCUAUUUAAUUAUUAAAUGGAUACUAUUUUACAAACUGCCAGACUGUUUGAACGGUGAAUAAUAGUAUAGUGUUCACAUAUUUUGUUUACUUCAAAAUAACUUGUACGGAGCAAUUUGACACUUUGAUUUUGCCUCAUUCACAAAGGCUUGGUAGAUUUCUCAAAAACUUUCAUAGAUUGCUUAGUGUGUAAUGAUGCAGUGCUCCUAUCAUUUCAAUAGUUAACACUUAAUCUGCAAGUUACUGCUCACUUAAAAUGCUUAGGUUAUUCAAGAGUAAACAAUGUAUAUAUAUACAUCAGAAUUAUUUGUUAAUGCUAAUUGGAAAGAAUGGAUUUUGAGGUAUGUGGGGUAUGGACCGUUGAGCUAAUUACUGUUCAUUUAGGUUUACAAAAAAAAAAACCGGAAUCAGUCUUUUUUUAUAAUUUCCAUUACAUUAUUCAUAGAUAUUGUUUAGCGAUUUAUUGAAAUGUUUUUCCAGUUUUUAUUGACAUUCAAAUAUUGGUUUAAUUUAUACUUGAGACUUUGCUUAAAGUAAUACUGGGUUCUCUGCCAUCUUAGAUUGUUAAAUUACAGAACACGGCAGACUAGAUUUUUAAUGAAAUAUGCAAAUGUUGAGACAUAAUGGCAAAUAAAUUGUAAUACUACAUUUCUAUUAAAUGAAGAGAAUUGUGUGA